AUGGCUGGCGACAAGCAGCCGUUCCCUCCCGGGACUCAGGCCCAGGUGCCUAGGGGCAAGGACUGCCGGCCCUGGCACAAAGAGAACCCGCCAUAUAAGUGUUUCACCAACAAGUGUUUCACCAAACGCGGGAACGCGCUGAAGCGGCCCUUCCCUCUGAACAGCCGGCAGUGGAUAUUUGUGGGAAACAGACUGGAUGACUUCAGGAAAGGUUGCCUGUCUCACCAGGGUCUCCUCAACCAGGGCCCUGAGGAGCGCUCUCUUCCCAAGAUUCCUCACAGAGCUCUCCGACCUAUCCCAAAAAGGGGGCAGCAGCCACCUCUGAAGGAAGCAACCCUGUUUCCCAAGCUCUCCCCAGCCCAGCGGACACGGAAGGCAUUCCUGGCAGAUGUGGAAGCCCAGCUGACACGGCACCCCUUGGCUCUCUACCCCAAUCUGGAAGAAGAUCUGCCCGCAGAGCUCUUAUUAAUGGUGCUGGAAGUGCUGGAUCCAGACAGGAAACUGAAGGACACAUGGGCUUCCUGUCAGAGCACCAAGAAAAUAUCGAAGGAACCGACAAAACUUUUAAAUAAAUGCCCUGCCCAAGUCUCCCUGGGACCGCCCAAGAAGAUUUCCGUGCCACAUCCAGGCCACUGGCUUUAUAAAGAGAAAAAGACAAAUGAAACAGACUUGCUCCAUGAAAAUGGUUCUCUGCUUCAUAAAAAUGGUAGUUCAAAUAUUGAUGAAGAGUUUAUCCUGAAACAGUUCAACGUUGACUAUCAGAGCAAAACAAGCUGCAAUGUGCUCCGCAGGAUGAGACUGAACCAGGUUCCUCUGGAGCUAAAGAAGUGUGUAGGGCUAACUAAACUGCAGGAGCCAGACGUUUCCCAUAAACUACACUGUGAGCGGAAAUUACAGAAUCCCUGUCUACCAAAGUGGGUGAAAAUGAGGUAUGGAGCUUGGUAUCUGAACCCCAAGUUGUGGAAAAAGCAGAGAGCAGAUGAACCCUUGGUUGACCCGAAGAUCUCACAGAAAGCUCAAGAUGAGAAUUUUAAAAAGGAGCUGCAGGAACAGGAGGAGUUUCUUGCAGACCUUCACGGAACAGCUGCUUUUAAGGAAUUCAUUCUAAGCAGGGGCUACAGGAUGCCAAGUUUCCUUGAGAAGAUGACUAUCAGGAAGGAUUGUAAAAUGUGUAAUAGGACUCCUAUAAAAUAAUUCAAGCAUAGAAGAAUCAUGGAAAUGAUCAGAUAGAUUUUACUUCUUAUGUCCUUGGCUAGUACUCUCUCACUUUAAAUAUUAAACAAAACUUAUGAUGAAUGUCUCACUGUGGAUGCCAAAGUUUGACUUGUAAGCACCCGUGAAUUUCACACCUAAUACUUACAAACAUUUUACAAUGUCCUUCUGUUUCAGUUAAUCAAUAUUCUGUGUUUUACCAAUUAUGGGAUCAGUAUUAACAUAUUGUCUUCUUACACUUCUA